UAUGCAUAAACAGGACGUCGUACACCUUCGGUUCCCAUCGUUCCCAUCAUCCUCUACGCGGCAACCAUAGUUGACCUAGGUCUGCUUGUACGUAAUCCCCUAAGAAGAGAAUAUAAUUCAUAAUGGCUGAUGCGGAGAAGCCUGCGAAGUCGAAAACGGAGAAGAAACCGAAAGAGAAAAAAGAAAAAGUGCCCACAGAGAAACCAGCGGAACGACCUCCACUGAAAAAACGACCAAAGAAACGCCAUGGUCGGCUGUACGCAAAAGCAGUGUUUACCGGUUACAAAAGAGGCCUGAGAAACCAGCAUGAAAACACCGCGUUGCUGAAGGUAGAAGGCUGCACCAAGAAACGUCACAGCUGGUUUUAUGUUGGAAAGCACUGUGUCUUUGUAUACAAGGCCAAGAAUAUGACACCAGUCCCAGGUAAUGUAAGGAAGAAGACUAAGAUUCGUGCUAUCUGGGGAAAAGUGACUAGACCUCAUGGAACUUCAGGUGCAGUCCGUGCCAAGUUCAAAA